CCUUCAGGUCUCCCAUAAUGUGUCCAUCACCACUAUAACUGAGUCCAUCCCUCUUGCUGCUGGUCAUUCUCUUCUCUUUCCUUCCUUUCCCCAGCAUUAGAGCUUCUGUAGGGAACUAGCUAUGUUUAUUUGAUCCUACCUCAAUAAAAUAGUGUUCUAAUCAUCCUGUGGAAUGAGACUCUUGAUCUGAUCUACCUUGUAAGGCUGACAAUGCCCCCUUUGGUUUUUUGUUUCUGUAUUUCUUCAGGCACUGGGAAAACUGUGGUUGGUGCUCACAUCGUGUACUGGUUUCACCAGCUCAAUCAGGAGAAGAAUGUCAACACAACUCAAACUGGACAGCCAACCCAGGAUGAUGACCAGAGAGUCAAGAGCCACAUUCUGUACUGUGGACCUUCUCACAAGUCGGUUGACGUUGUUGCUGAAAUGCUGAUGAAGAUGCCUAAUUGCUUGAAGCCUCUGAGGGUCUAUGGAGACAUGAUUGAGUCAAUGGAUUUUCCUUAUCCUGGCAGCAACCUCCAGUUUUCUGGAAAAUCUCAGCGGAAUACAAAAUCGAACCCACAUAUCAGGUGUAUCACUUUGCACUAUCGGAUCCGGGAAAGGAGCAAUCCUUACGCACCACAGAUCCUCCAGUUUGAUGAACGAGUGAAACGUGGAGAAGAGAUCACAGAAGACGAAGUUGAGAGGUNACUAGCUAUGUUUAUUUGA